AUGAAAUUGGAACAUUUCUAUGCUUUUUUCUGCUUAAUAUUCCAUGACCUUCUGGUCUCUGCGAAGCUCUUAUCAAAACGCGCACUCGAUCCACCAGUCAAUAAUAAUCUCUUUGAUUCUUUUACAGCACUGGCUGAAACCCCCGGGAAUGUAAUUCGCAAUUACACAUUCGAAUUAAGAAAGGUCUCUCUAGCUCCUGAUAAUUUUACUCGUCAGGUGUGGUCCGUGAAUGGACAGUGGGUAUCUUCUCGUCCCUCUCAUAUUAAGGCGUAUCGAAUCUUAACUGUAUUUUUUACAAUUCUAAAAAGAUACCCCGGUCCGAUGAUCCGUGCAAAUCGUGGUGAUACGCUUAACAUCACGGUGAUUAAUUUGCUCGGCGAUCCAUCUUCAAUUCACUUUCACGGGCUUGAACAAAGAAACACCAAUUGGUAUGAUGGCGUUCCCGGUGUGACCCAGUGUCCGAUUCCAAACGGAGUAAACUUUUCAUAUAUAGUUAAUCUCACGCAAUCCGGAACCUUUUGGUAUCAUUCUCACUUUGCGUCUCAAUAUGUUGACGGCCUAAAGGGUCCCAUUGUUAUCCAUGAUCCGAAUGAUCCUCACAAAAACAAAUCCGAUUUUGAAUAUGUGAUGACGAUUUCUGAUUGGUACCACACUCCAACUGGCGAUCCCAGUAUGCUGCCAAGAUUUCGCAAUGAAAACUAUUUCGGGUUCGAUCCACUUCCAGAUUCUGCCGAAAUAAGUGGCGUCGGACAAUAUAACUGCACAAUUCCGACGUGUAAUCCCAACCGAUUCGCCACUUACAAAGUACAAAGAGGAAAAAGAUACAGAUUUAGAAUAAUUAAUAUGAGUGCGAUGACUCAUUUCUGGCUUUCCAUAGAUCAACAUCCACUCACUAUUAUUGAAGUCGAGGGAACGCCAAUCAAUCCGGUCGCGAUUAACUGGCUUCCAAUCAACAUUGCUCAACGAUACUCGGCGAUAGUUGUGGCGAAUCAAUCUGUCGGAAAUUAUUGGAUCCGAGCCGUGAUUUCAAAUUGCAGUUUACCCGUGAACAAUUUAACGAUCAACUAUAAUACUCCUCUUUUUGCAAACGGGCAGAUUACCGGUAUCCUUCGUUAUGACGGUGCGCCCGCUACUAAUCCCACUUCUGUCGCCUAUCCCCAAAACUCGUCAGAUUGUUAUGAUCUCGACCCCACCACUUUGAAACCCUCGACCCCGCCGAACCCCGCAGUACCACAAACUACAAAUAUCACACAAAUUUACAUGGAGAUCUCUAUCAAAUUUCCUUUCGUAGGAAGAAAUAGAAUUCUCGUGGAAGCAGCAAUCAACAAUUCCUCGUUCUUUCCGUCCACCUCAUAUCCGUCCUAUAGAAAAGUUGUUGAUGGAUCCAACUUCUCUAGUUAUGACAAUGCGUACUCCUACAAUACUUGGAACGAACCGAUUGAAAUUUUUUUGAAUAAUACUGAAAAUCGAACACAUCCUUUUCAUUUGCAUGGACACACGUUCUGGGUUGUCGCUCUAGGAGAGGCGGGAAGUUACAACAAACCUCUAAGUUCUCUAAAGUACAACUAUGACAAUCCAAUCCUUCGUGACACGUUAACCGUUAAAGAGCUUGGCUUGGCAGCGAUCAGGUAUUACGCAAACAAUCCGGGAAUUUGGUUUAUUCAUUGUCACAUUGAAUGGCACGUCGAGAUGGGAAUGGUUGCUCAGAUGGUCGAAUUGCCCGAUGCAUACCGUAAUCUUACUGUGCCCGAUAAUGUUAACGCACUUUGUGGAUCAUUUGAUAGCAGGUAA